CAGAGACAGAAACGACAGGAUAGACAGCAUGGACCGGAGUGCGGUGGUGGCACGUGUGCACAGAUACACACAGGGUGGUGCCUGCCCUGUCGACGUGCUUGCUUUGCGGAAGAUCCAAAUAGAGUUGAUCGGAGAUUGUGCGAAAAAGUCGGCCUGGAAGGUUUCCGGGGAAGAAGAGUCCAGGCACCGAGAGAGGAAAAUCCGCGUGGAGAAGCGUGGAGAGAUAUCUUGGAGAAGGGAAACAUAAGCGGUACAGUGAAGAGGCUGGUAGAGGUGAGAGCUUGUUGAAGUCGGUUUGGAUCCAUUGCGGCGACGAUCCACUGAUCGUAGAUCGUACAAGCCGGAUCCGCCGCAAAUUGCCCACAGCGGAAGACGCGGCGGCAGCAGCAGCUGUAGCAGCAGCAGCAGCGGCAGAGGCAGCCGCACGUACCGACGAGAGGGUAACAUCGGAACACGUGUGCGCGACACACGCACGUGGUCCCGGAGAGACGUUUUCGAGAGAUCCAAACAAAAUCUCGAUCGGAGAUCCUGCAGCCUCGCUUCUGGAAGAGUCAGCGGCAGGAGCAGCUCAGCGUGGUGGCAAGGGAGUAGGAACAGGGGGCGGCAAUGUCGGGGGUCUGGGGAAACAUGGGCUUGAGUGGGAGGUGCCUCAGAAAGAGCACGGCGGCGGGUGUUACUCUCUUGGUGUGACCGGUGGCAGUAUCGAUCAGCAAUGCCGCACAGACUUUUGCGCGCCGAAAUAUGCGUGCGACAGCUUUAACCUAACCACUUCGGUGGAAAGCGGAUUUCUGUUCGAUACGGUGUCGGGAGUGCUGAGGGGGGAGGGCUUGGCCCUUGUGGUUGCAGGUGGCAAGGAAGUAGGAACAAGGGGUGGCAGUGUCGGGGGGUCUGGAGGAACAUGGGCUUGAGUGGG